AGGGUCAUGUGAGUCACGGUUAGUUCUCCAGCCUCCGAUUUCAUGUCCGAGCAGAACACCCGCCGAGGACUUUGCCCGACCCAAGUGCAAGCCGAAGGAUGUGGACAGGGCUGAAAGAAGUCGCGUCCAACGCCGCAGCAGAUGCCGUCAGUCUGCUGCCGCUGUCCAACUGCGGGGGCACGGCCCGAACUUUGUUUCCUCACGUUCCGGCUGCUUGGGCGGCUGAUGACUCCGGGGCGCACAGUGUGGACGGCGCGGACGGCGCCAUGCCCUGCAGCCGUGCGUCGGGUCCCAGUCGGCAGCGAGCAGUGGGGUCAGGCCGUGGCGUCGGGUUGUGCCGUCGGGCGUCGGGCGGAGGAUUUGGCGCCCGGAAGAGCGCCCAAGAUCAGGCAGAGCCAAUCUCAAUCUCGCGAGAUGUAGCGAGAUACGGAGCGAGAUCUAGAUAGCUGCGAGAGUUUACGAGGCGACGGCAACCGUACUUCUGCAAUGCAAUUACAUCAGUCCACGUGCGCACGUCACCGGGCGACCACUCAAGAAACCAAUCUCUCCACCAUUGAUGACUCUAGAAAGUCUGGGAAGGGAUCGGGACAUAGAGUCGCAGGCAAUAAGUGCAGAGCUGAAAGCUCGGAGGGAAGUCGGGACGAUCGACGAGCACGCACGCGU